AAGCCACACAUACUUCUGACAGCUAGCCAGUGUUGUGACAAAUAACUUGCAAGUGAGACUGAGAGUUAUUGUCGGAGAGCUAGCCAUGGCAUUGAUCAGCAGCACAGCAGCUUGCCGUUGCUUGGUACUUGUGUCCUUUGCCUUGCUCCCACUGAGCAUGGCCAUGGACCCCAUUGGCAACUACUGCUCCGGGAACAGCUUGGCCGGCAACGGCAAGGCCGUGGCCAGCAUCAACUCCGUCCUCACCGACCUCGUCUCCAAGGGCUCCGCCGGUGGCGGCUUCGCCACGUCCUCCGCCGGGAAAGGCCCCAACGUCAUCUACGGUCUGGCGCAAUGCCGCGGCGACGUCUCCGCCGGCGACUGCCAGGCCUGCCUCGCCUCCGCCGCCAACCAGAUCCUCACCUGCAACUAUCAGUCUGACUCCAGAAUUUGGUAUGACUACUGCUUCAUGCGGUACGAGAACGAGAACUUCAUCGGGCAGACGGACUCGGACGUCGGCGUGAUCCUGGUGAACACGCAGACGAUGGACAACGGCAAGGCGUUCCAGAAGGCGGUGGGGAAGGUGGUCGGGAAGGCGACGGCGACGGCGUCGACGGCCGGCAGCGGCGGGCUGGGGAGGGCGAAGGACCAGUACACGCCGUUCGUCACCGUCUACGGGCUGGCGCAGUGCACGCGGGACCUGUCGCCGCUGGGGUGCGCGCAGUGCCUCUCGACGGCGGUGUCCAGGUUCGGCGACUACUGCGGCGCGCAGCAGGGCUGCCAGAUCAACUACAGCAGCUGCCGGGUGCGCUACGAGAUAUACCCGUUCUACUUCCCGCUCGCCACCGGCGCGCGCACGGCCACCACGGACAUGACCAAAUACACCAAGAUCGUCGUGCACCGCUAAGGUAGCAUACGUACGAACACGGUGAUGUGCGUGUGCAGGUGUCACACGCGUACUAAUAUAAGUACAGUAAUUGUGUGUUGGUGUGUGUGUGAGAGAGGUUUAAGCAUGCAGUGGAUGAAUAAUAUAAGGCUAUAUAAAAUGUAGCCUUUAGCAUGCUAUAGCCUGGAAUAAAGAUGUGUGCUGGCUAACCAAUGUACGCACGUUCGUGUGGAGUAAUAAUAUUUGAGUGUUUAA